GUUCCAUAUCAGCAACCAAAGAGAGUAAGACCGCAAGGAAACCAUGGAAUCAGAGGCAAUGGGCGGUGCUGCGAAGACGGUGUGUGUCACAGGUGCUUCUGGGUACAUCGCCUCAUGGCUGGUGAAGCUUCUGCUUGCCAAAGGAUACACUGUUAAAGCUUCUGUUCGUGACCCAAAUGAUCCAAAGAAGACUGAACAUUUACUUGCCCUUGAUGGGGCAAAGGAAAGACUUCAUUUAUUCAAAGCAAACCUAUUGGAAGAAGGAUCGUUUGAUUCUUUAGUAGAUGGAUGUGAAGGUGUUUUCCAUACAGCAUCUCCAGUUUAUAUGACAGUCAAGGAUCCACAGGCCGAAUUAAUUGAUCCUGCAUUAAAGGGGACUCUUAAUGUUCUUGGAUCCUGUGCAAAAGCUCCGUCUGUUAAAAGAGUGGUUGUAACAUCCUCUGUAGCUGCAGUUUUAUACAAUGGAAAACCUCGAACUCCGGAUGUGGUAGUUGAUGAGACUUGGUUUUCAGAUCCAGCGUUUUGCAAAGAGAUGAAGGUUUGGUAUCAACUUUCGAAGACCUUGGCUGAGGAGGCUGCCUGGAAAUUUGCAAACGAGAAGGGGAUGGAUAUGAUUACAAUAAAUCCAAGCGUAGUGCUUGGUCCUCUUUUACAGCCAACACUAAAUUUUAGUGCCGAAUUAAUUCUGAACUUAAUAAAUGGAGCACAAUCAUUUCCCAAUGUAACAUUUGGAUGGGUUAAUGUUAAAGAUGUUGCAAAUGCACAUAUUCAGGCAUUUGAGAUUCCUUCAGCCAAUGGAAGAUAUGUUUUCGUCGAGAGAGUUGCUCAUUAUUCACAGGUUGUGAAAGCUUUGGGUGAACUUUAUCCAACUUUGCACCUUCCAAAAAACUGUGCUGAUGACAAGCCUUAUAUGCCAACUUACCAAGUUUCCCAGAAGAAAGCAAAAAGCUUGGACAUAAAUUUCAUCCCUAUGGAGCUGAGCUUGAAGGAAACCGUUGACAGCUUGAAGGAGAAAGGAUUUUUUUAGUUCCUGAAGCUUGUUCAAUAUAUGCCAUGUAAGUA